AUGACAACCGCCACGAGGGCCGAGGCCAAGCACGACAAUCGCCCCGAGGGCGAGAGUGCGCCCGUGGAGUCCCAUGCACAGCCUGGAUCCAAGCACAAGCCUGAACCUGAAGGCGAUGAUUCGCCCCAGGCCAAGCGUGCCAAAAAGUCCGAGGCGGCGAAGGAACAGGCCGAAGAGAUUGAGAAGAGUGAGAGAGAAAUCGAGAGUCCUUCUGCCGGCGACUCGGGCUCUGGCCCUGAAGCCGAGUCCGGCACGGCCGUUGAGCGCCACGGCCGAGAGGGCUUCGACUCUGCAGUGCUGCCCGGAAUUCUCGAGAAGGGCGUCAUCCACUUCUUCUUCCGCGGACCCGUAGGCAUCGACGAGCCGUCCAGCGUCGACGACGUCGCGCGGAGCUACAUAAUCCUGCAGCCCUUCGCCAAAGACGCCAACCUCGGCAGCGUCAUCAUUGGCGACGCCGCCGACAGCCGCCUGGUGGCCAUUUACAGAAAGGUGCUGCCCCAGAACGGCCGGGACCGUUGGAUCGCCUUUGUCGAGAAGUCGGGCGUCUCCUUCAAGCAGCUCAAGGAAGACUUCCUCGCGUCGUCCGACUACGACACCAAGACGGCAGGCACCCGGCACACGCCCGCCGCGGCCCCCAUCGGCGAGGGCGUCUACGUCAUCACCACCACGGGCCGCGAGAGCAUCCUGGCCUACGUGCUGACGCUGCCCGACAAGCUCGGCGAGGCCCAGACCACGAUGGGCCUCAAGAGCCAAGACAGCUUCCUCCUCAGCACCAAAAACCCCGAAUACCCCGUCCCGGCCAACACACGGCUGCCCGAGACCCCCAACUUUCCCAAGGAGGUGCAGGAAGAAUUCCGGUCGCUGCGCUGGAUGCCGACGCAGCCUAAGCACCUCGACUACGCCAACACGCAGUUCCUGCUCCUCGGCAAGUCGUCGGUGACCGACAAGGCGCUCGAGCCGCAGGGCGACGACGGGGAAGCGGGCGCUGAGAAGCCGGCAGACGAGCUGGAGAAACUCGAGGCGGAGGACGAGGAGCGCAUGGCGGCGGGCCUGGAUGGCGACGACGCGAGCCGCGUCUUUGCCGACCUGCAGGCCCAGGCGGGUGACUACCCCAAGCUGCAGACCAAGGUUUGA